CUUUUUAUCUCUUAUUUCAAACUCUUCAGCGAUGUAAACAGAUUGAACGACGUGGACGCGGACAGUAGCACGGUCGAGAACCGACAUGGAUUACUCAAAAUUUCUAGAUGAUAAUUUUGAUACAAAGGAAUGGGUUAACUCAGCCUUCAGAUCACAAAAGGAUCCAAGUGCUGCCAAGGAUCAAUAUGCGACAACAUUGGUUAUGAAACUUCAGAUGUUCAUUCAGGAAGUGAACAACAUCAUAGAAGAAACAAGUCAGCAGUCUGUUCAAAAUCUACCAAGGGUUAUGCGAGAAUUAGAUGCUGUCAAACAAGAAGCAGCCCUUCUUCAGGAUCAGAUGAAAAUGGUCAAGGAAGACAUCCAGAAGGUGGAACAUGACACAGCGAAGUCUAUGCAGACCCUUUUGAAGCUCGAUGCAAUCAAAUCACUAAUGACAUCUACUGCAGAGGCUCUUAAGGAGGCUGACAAUUGGACCACACUGAGCUCAGAUGUAGAGGAAGUUUUCCAGUCUCAGGACAUCAAAGCUAUUACAAUGAAACUGAAAGGGAUGCAAAACAGUUUGUUGAUGUUGGUGGAUACACCAGACUAUGGGGACAGAUGCCAGCACCUAGAGACCCUGAAGAACAGACUGGAAGCUAUACUGAGUCCUCAGUUAGUGCAGGCAUUCAACACCCAGUCCCUGGAGACUGCCCAGAUGUAUACUCAAAUCUUCACUGAUAUAGACAGAGUGCCUCAGCUAUACAAGUACUACUCAAGGUGUCACAAGGUGACAUUAUUAAAUACAUGGAAGAAUACGAUGGAAGCAAAUGCUGAUGACACUUUGAAAGAAUGGAUGACAGAAUAUUAUGACCAACUUUUAUCAACUUGGCAUACCCAGAUGAAGUGGUGUAAACAAGUGUUUCCUGAUCCUCUCCCCAUUGUGUGUGACCUGAUCACAGAAACCAUGAAAUCCCUGGAUCCACCCCUUUAUUCCUGUGUUAAUCUGUAUAUACAGCACAGAGACACAUUGGCUGGACUCAUAGAACUUAAGCAGAUUACGGAGAGAUUUGCCAGAAGUAUGGAGCAAGCAGUAGAAUCUAAUAUGAAAGCUGACAACACCAAUCAUGUGACAAGUCUGGAUCAUCUCUUACUAGAGUUAUAUGCUCCUUAUCGUCAGUACAUCAGCACAUAUCAAAGUCUAGAAGAAGAUAAACUAGGGAAAGAUCUGGAGUCAAUCAAACUUGAUCAUGAGGAAAUCUUUGAGACGGUUCAGUUGUUAGCUGUAUCGGUCAAUAAAUUAUUUAAUUUUGCAAAAGAGGCUAAUGACAGAUGCUUGAAUCUGACCAAUGGAUGUGGAUAUGUGUUUAUGAUGGAUUCAUUGAAGACAUACUUUAGUAAUUACUGUAAAGAAUUCCGGAGAGUACUGACCAAUAUAAAAGAGAAAUGUCGCACCAGUCGGCGGGCAGGAGAGGAGGAAGACUGGACACACUUUCAACACACGCUAAGGAUCAUACAGACGUGUGGGGAUUUGAUUAUGCAUAUGGAUGAGUUAGAUGGAAAUAUUGUGAGCUGUAUGAUGCAGACAAUAGCUCAUUACACAAACCCUAGCUCUCCAGUCAAGGAGAUAGGAAAGCUUAGCCUCAUUGACUGCUGGAAUAUUCAGUCACAUACAAACAGAUGUUAUUAUAAAUCGCGUUGUGAAAUAGCAGAGGAAAUAUUUUUUGGAAAAGUGUCUGCAUUGGAGGCCCAUGCUUCUCUGUUUCUCGGUAAUCCACAUGACAUUGAGAACCUGGAGGGCCUGGUUACUAGACUGGGCGAAGGUGAUAUGCCGUCAGUCUUGGAGGAUACAAAGAAAGAGCUAUGCAAACUGAGUGAAGAUGUUCACAAGUUUUCUUUCGAUAUUGUGUUUGCAACACUUCGGGGAUACCUAGCUGAUGUUUGCCACUUGGAGAUUUGGACAUCAAAGAGUGCUGGAGGUGCUUUGACCUCCGACCUUCCUACAUUUAGCCUUUCCCCACAGGAAUAUAUUACUAAAGUGGGGCAGUAUUUGAUGACCUUGCCCCAGCACUUGGAGCCAUUUACCAUGCAGGAUAAUCCAUCAGUCCUGGUGGCUCUGAAGCAUGGCAAAUUACCAUACACAGAUGAAACAGAACUCCCAGAACAUGUGUCAGACUUGUGGCUGGAGUCCAUAGCAAGGGGAACAAUGCAUUUGUAUAGUGAGCAGAUUCUGAAAAUCCAUGAACUGUCCAACCAUGCAACAAAACAGAUCAUCACAGACAUAGAUUACCUGUGCAAUGUGCUGGAUGACCUUGGCCUUCAUGCCUCAGACACUUUGAAGAACAUAGAUACCCUUCUGAAGGCCCCACAAGAGGACUAUUUAGACAUUGCAGAGUCAAUGCCACAGAGAUUGUCACAUGCCAUCAGUACCAUGAGAAACAUUGAACUAUAGUUGGACUGUGUGGAAUCUCUCAGUAAAAUUAUUUAUUCCCCUAUUUCAUCGUUACUUUAAAUGUUUACAGAAUAAAUGAGAUCAGACACAA